GGCGCUACUGCUGCUCCAUGAUUCAGAGGCCAUGUCCCUCUUCCUCGUGGUCUCCCUGCUUCUUAUUUUGAGCCCGGCAGCAUGUAGGGCCUUUGUGGCAUUCGGGCGACAGGAGCCUGCUGCUCACGGGGAUGUAGGAAACAAUCGAGGGAGGAGGAGCCGCACAUCAGACACAGCAGCAGCCUUCGUUGUUGCAGGAGGGGCAGCAGCAGCAGGCACGACGCGAUGCACCGAUGCAGCUCGGGGUGCGGAGCCAAGAGGCAAGCGCACUUGCCGAACCGCACCGAGGUCAUUGCCGCCGCCGCUGGGGAACGGCAGCAGCCAGCGCGACAGAACCAUCGCCCCGCUCAGGGCCAUCAACCAGGACACGCUCUUCUCGGCCAACGAGUGGAUUGCGGGGGUGGCCGGAGGUUCGGUUGGCGUGCUGGGGACUCUGAUACAGCUCGAGCUCAAACAGGAGAAGCUCAAAACCCGGCGUAACUGCCCUUACUGCGACGGCAGCGGCAAGCUGGUGUGUGCCGUGUGCUUCUCGGCGGGAACGUUCACGGUGAAGCUGCCGGGAUCCGACACUUACUCCACGUUGCCUUGCCCCGGGUGUGCAGGGAACAAGUACAUCACCUGCUUGAACUGCAGGGGGGACGGGAGGGCGGUGCCCCGAGAGCUGGACAGGAAAACAGCUGACGCUGCCGAGGUUGACCUUCGGCUAGAGGAGAUCGGGAUGGGCGGCAUCGGCCAGUGAAAUUAAUUCACCCUGCGCCAGCCAACAUCGUUGGUAGACUGUAGACACAUCCGGCUGGAGCGAGUGGGCGAGCGGCGUCGAACAAAUGUGCAUGGUGCUUUUGGUUACAAUCUGUGAUGAGUCCUCGCAAGGAUGAGACGUUAUGGUACGGGGCUACUUCGGGUUUGGUGUUGGAGGUCUUUGGGGGGAAAAGGGCGUAUACGCGUGACGGGUAAUAUGACACGACACCCGGCGCGCCAGAAGCAGAUGGGGUAGUUGACGACCCCGUCUUGGUACUAUGUGAACGUUCUCAACUGGUAUGGUAGAUUUUCCACCAUCGUAGAUAUUCAGCCACUCUGUUCCGUGUUUUUUUUUUUCCUUCUUGUCGUGUUGCUGAUCCUGAUGAUGUGGAUGAUAGCAGCCGUUGCGGGACAGGGUGCUGAUGUACGGCACUGUUUCCUAGGGGGAGUCAUGUUUGUCGUACCCGAACUGCUGUAGCAGUCUUAGACGAUUUGUGAAGAGAAAUUGAAUUAGAUUUAGGGAGACGACUGCGCGUGGCGGUAAGCUCACAUCCUUCCCGCCUGCAGCAGUAUCUCGUUCUAUCCAAAAUAGCGCAGGCCCCGCCAUAAAUUCUCUCGUGAUUCGUUCGGGAGUCAAUAGAGUCUUUUAGGCGAUUUCGUCGUUUUCGCCAGCGUUUAUGCAUCGUGCGCGGAACGCCUUGCGCUUUGACUCGUUUUGUGUUUGCCAAAAAGAAUAAUAUAGGGCGUGUGUUGUUUCGU